UGGCGCAACGAUCGAGAGACCGAGAGAGAUGGAAUCGGAGAAAGUGGUGGCGGAGGAGCUGCCAAGGGCUAUCGUGCGACGGGUGAUGAAGGAUAAGUUGUCGGAGUGCUCGCCGGAUUAUGACGUCAGCAUUCACAAGGAGGCUCUGCUCGCUUUCGCCGAGAGUGCACGGGUCUUCAUCCACUAUCUCUCCGCCACGGCAAAUGAUUUGUGCAAAGAAUCGAAGAGGCAAACGAUGAACGCGAAUGAUGUGUUGAAGGCAUUAGAGGAAAUCGAUUUCCCAGAAUUUGUGGAACCUCUUAAGACCUCUCUUGAAGAAUUUAAGCAGAAGAAUGCUGGGAAAAAGUCCGGAGGUGGAGGAGGGUCGAAGCCGAAAGAGACUAAAAAGAGGAAACAGGAAGAAUCAUCGUUGCAGAACGGUCGGAGAAAAUCCAAACCAGGCAAGGAAAAGGAAGAGAAUGAUGACCAUAACAUGGAUGAGAAUGGGAAUGAAGAUGGCGACAACAUCAGUGGCGAAGAGGAAGAUGGCGAUGAAGCAGAAGCCUGAACUCGAGGUUUCUUUUUUUUUCCCGCACCCGAAUCUGAAGCCACUGCGAUAAUCUCUGUUCAUCUCAAUGACAGAACAGUAGUUUAACUUGUAUGGCCAUUGCAGUUGUUUACUGAGCCAGUGUUUCUGGGUUUGUCCUCUACUUCACUUUGCCUACAUUGUAACUGAAAAAUCCAAUGGUUUGAUUAGAUUUAUUUAUAGGAAUUAUUUAGUAGGCUUUAUUGUUUUUA